AUACCGAUGCACCCACCGACAUGGAAACAUAUUGUUUGUAGUGUGUACGCUAUGCAGUUGCGCUUUCUAAAACAAAUUUGGGUUAAACUGACGGCGUCGGCUACGUUGACACAGUCCCCAGACGUGGGCAGGAGACGGCGACCCGUCAUGUACUUAACGUUUCCAUAACUGGCAAGCGCCAAUCGCCAAUGUUAUUGUUACGGCAAUUAAUCAACCCCCCACGCACGGUCCUCCAUAUACCUAUGGAUAAGUAUGUUUGUAUGUCGGCCCCAUUGGCCAGGGGACAAACAGCUGUGCGUGGUCUGCUGCUGGCAAGAAACUGGCUAUGCAAAUAUGGCAAGAAUCUCGCGUAAUAAGUGGAUAUUAUAUAAAUCCAAUUUACUUCCUGCCCAACGGGCGAAAGCCAAUCAUGCGAUUCGCGAUUUAAAGCACACAUUUGUAGCAUAAAGAUGCCGUUGGGGAUUAAAAAUCGAUUGAACAAUUAAAUAUUCCUAUAAAUGGGUUUAUAAUAGAAGGCAUUUCAUAAAAAUUUAAAACAUUUUGGCUUAAAAUGAGGGCAUCUAAACAAUAAGUAUUAGGUCGGUCCUGUUUAUUUUUACUCUUAUAUUAUAUUCUUCGACUGUUAUAAAAGGUUAAUUUAGAAUAAUAUAAUUAUAAUCAAUAACUUAUGUGACCCCUAUCCACCCCACACAUUUGGCAGUCACAUUUUGAAUUAAUUACCUAAAACUUAGAUCUAUUAUCUAUUGGCAUCUUUGCCCAAUUAACUUUUAAAAGAAAGUUCAAAUGCAUUUUGAAUAACUUUCAAUCGAUCAACGACAAUCGAUAAGCGCGGCCAGUGUUGCAUGGUCGUUGCAAAAAAAAGCGUCCAUCGGUCAAAAGUCAACACUGCUGCAACGGUACAUUUUGACAGCUAGCACUCUUCUAACUUUUACUGCGAAGUCCGGACGCCAAAACGAAAAGAAAAGAAAAAAUCGAAAUGCGAUUUCUAAACACCGGAAAAUCAAAUUCUUCGGGCCCUCGCUUAAGCGUUACGCUUAAAACGCAAAACAACCAGGCACUGCAGCCACUGAGCGAUCUGCGCAAGAAUCUGCAGGACAAAACUCAAUUUCAGGGCUAUGUGCGUCGUUUGAUGAACAAUUCGGAGAAUAUAACUGCCUCCGAUGUGGACCCCUUGCUGGACACCAUCUCGAUUCGCGAAGCCGAGAUUCGCUUCGCCACCGUUACUGGCUGGGCCACGGUGAAUAUUUCCAACUGCGCCGGCGUCUCGGACGAGUCCAUCAGGCUGGCCCUGAAGUGGCUCCUGAUGCCCAUCAAGGUGGAGAUUUUCAACUUUCAGCGCAGCGGGGAAGAGGACGAUGGGGCGCGCGGACAAUUUCAGGUGGACAGCCUCUUGUGCGCCAAUCGUAUGAAGCGCUUGCAAAGCGACUUCGCCGUGCUCUACACGUGCCAGAAAAUCGGGAUGAGGGUGUCCAUUGGCCUGCCGAUCGAGGUAUGUAAGACCGAAUUCAGCGGACCCUUUGCUGAUGCGGUGCAGGAAGCUAUAAUGUCCCGCUACGAUUACACCACUCGCACCUUGGACCUCACCCGGUUCCAUGCCAGCCCGGAGCUGGCCGAGCACUUCUGCCCGUUGCACGUGGAGAAGUUGCUGGAAAAUGUUCUUUUCACGGUUAGCAAGUCCCUGCCGCAGGUUUCCAGCUUGGUGCUGGCCAACAACUAUCUGUGCAGCCUGAAGGCGUUCGAAUUUGUCGGUGGUCGAUUCGAAAACCUGGAGCGCUUAGAUAUCAGCGCCAACAAGAUCAUAGAGCUGGUGGAACUGAAGCACCUUCGUCAACACCGCUUGCAACAACUAUUCCUAGCGGGAAACGGUGUGACCAAGUACGACACCGACCAGGUGCGAGAGGUGCUGCCCACGCUGAAGGACAUCCACGGCUGUGUGCUGCCCAAGGCUAAGAAAUGUCCGUUGCCCAGUCCCCAGAGACUGCAGAGUGCAGGGACCUCCAGAAUGGACUUUUGCCUCUCCUUUGUAGCUGCCUACUACAGCUUCUUCGAUGAUCCGGAGACGCGGUCGGAGUUGGUGCAGUACUACAAUGAAGAUGCCAUGUUUUCGCUGAGUGUUUCCGAGAAACUGAACUGUGCCCCCUACAGGAUGUACAAUCGCAAUCACAAGAACUCCCAAUCCACCUUCGCCCGCAGCUCCAAGCUGCAGUUGAACAAUUCGGGCAUUCUACUGGCUCUCAGUCGGCUUCCCAGGAUGGAGACCGAUUAUAAGAACGCCUCCAUAGACGUACAGGUGUCCGAGAAAAACCUGUGCAUCUUCACUGUCACUGGGAACUUCCUAGAGAAGACUGACUCGGGCAACGAAUUGCGCUACUUUCAGCGCAUGUUUGGUCUCCGCCCAAUCGGAUGCCCCGGGUGGCUACUAACCAAUGAUAUGCUCUGUAUCAUAACCACCAAGCCUGUCCGAAAGGAGCCUGACGGGCCAUUGGUUAGUCUCGUUGGGAUCGACGAUUGUGAGCCGAUGCUGGACGACGCUGAAGAAACAUUCACUGAGCCAGCUGCCAAGAAUGCGAAGGCCAAUAAUCAAGUUGUUUUCGAAGAUGAAAUGGACCCUCCAGACCCUGUUAUGGAGCUGUCCAUGUCCAUGCCAAAGAUGGCACUCUCAUCGAACGAGGCAUUCGAUGAUAUGCCUCCUCUAGUACCAAUAGAUAAGUUGGUAGUCAACAAUGAGGCGGUUUUGGAGAAUGAGAUCGACGACACGGUCGUAUCCGAUGAUGAGAGCUACGACCUGGUCAUCGACGAGGAUGUCCUCAUCGGAGAGGACUUCUGAUUAGUUUUAAAAGACAAGAAAAUAGGCUAAGAUCGUUUAUCUAUUACUUAGACUAAGAUCGUUCAUAAGUCACCAAGCUCAUGCUCAACAAUAUAAUCAUUAACCAACUAAUGUUUUUUCGCAAAGCCUACAAACACAACAC